CACAUUACAUCAUUGCUUAGUAAUUGUGCGCGCGCCCCUCCUUACAACACACCUACCUAUAAUCAUGGUAGAGGCACUACCUGUGCAGCUUGCGUUUGAGCUAUCUGCUCACGAGGGACCCGUCAGAGCAGUGAGAUUCAAUAGGAUAGGAAGGUAUUGCUUGACUAGUGGGAGCGACAAAACUGUGAGACUGUGGAAUCCUCACAGAGGACUCCUCAUCAAGACCUACGGUGGCCAUGGAGAUGAAGUGUUGGAUGCAGACGCGUCACAUGACAACUCUCGGCUUUGCUCGGGCGGUGCCGACAAGACUGUCCAACUCACAGACGUGGGCACUGGCCAACCCAUCAGAAAAUAUAGAGGUCACAUCAGCAGAGUAAACAGCGUCAAGUUCAACGACGAUUCAACAGUGAUAGUAUCUGGCUCCUAUGACUCUAGUGUGCGGGCAUGGGACUGCAGGUCGCGUAGCUAUGACCCCAUUCAGGUGCUGGGCGAUGCCAAAGACAGCGUCACAUCGGUUCAGUUGGCACCCUCCGAGAUACUUACCGGGUCUGUAGACGGCAGCGUUCGACGCUACGACUUGAGAUUUGGGAAACUCCACUGCGACACAAUUGCUAACCCAGUGACGUGCGUGAGUUUCUCUCGAGACGGAAACUGCAUACUGGCCUCUUGUCUCGACAACACUCUUCGUCUCAUGGACAAGGACACUGGAGAAAUGCUGAAUAGCUAUAAGGGUCACAAAAACCAAGACUACAAGUUGGACAGUUGUCUUUCUCACGACGAUGCCCACGUUGUCAGCGGCUCAGAGGAUGGGACAGUCUGUUUCUGGGACCUAGUCGAGGGAAACCUGCUCCAUUCGUUUCCCCACGUCCCUCCGCACAAGUCGGCGUCACGAGGACAAACGACGGAGGGAGACGGAGGGGGGAGCAGCAGAUGUGUGGUCUACUCACUGGCGCACCAUCCCAAGGAGAGCUGUCUGCUGACCGCUGCCUCCCACGGUCCAGUCAGAGUGUGGAAGAAAGUCGGGUGGGAGACGGAGGAGGAGGAGGAGGAGAAGGAUGAAGAAACGACUUGAACUUUGCCAAUAAUUUACCACUUUUAACAUUACGAUUGUAU